GCAAUCACUCCGUCUUAAAAAAACUUGGAUUCAACCUGCUUUAGUUUCAUGACAAUCCAAAUAUUCCAAAAUCCACCAAACUCGUGCGCGUUUGAGACUAGAAAUUUCGUCGUCUUCCACCCACGACCUAACCCCUAUCGCCGGCGUACUUUAAGAUGGUCUUUUUAUAACCUGGCCUGGAACUCAUUCUUUCUAAUUACUCUCUGCUUUCAAUGGCUUCCUCUGUUUUACCCGUUUUCCUCUUCUUCUUCAUGCUACUCCCUUUCUGCUUGUCUAAAAUCUUAGUUCUUCCACUUACUCAUUCCCUGUCAAGAACCCAAUUCAACAGUACCCACCACCUCCUCAAGUCCACUUCGGCCCGCUCCGCCGCCAGGCUCCACCAUCACAGCCACCGCCGUAUUUCCCUCCCGCUUACUCCGGGAAGUGAUUACACUCUGUCCUUUACCCUCGGUUCCCAGACCAUCUCCCUGUACAUGGACACCGGAAGUGACGUCGUUUGGAUCCCCUGUCACCCGUUUGAAUGUAUUCUCUGCGAGGGAAAGUACAACCCCGCCGCCGUCCGGAAUCCGGGCCCACUCAACCUCAGCUCUGCCUCUCCGGUCUCCUGCAAGUCGCCGGCAUGCUCCGCCGUGCACUCCUCCCACUCUUCCUCCGACCUCUGUGCCAUGGCUAAGUGUCCUCUUGAGAACAUCGAAACCUCCGAUUGCCGAUCCCACUCUUGCCCGCCGUUUUACUACGCCUACGGCGACGGCAGCUUCGUGGCUAAGCUCUACAGAGACGGUUUAUCAGUUCCCAUGUCCUUGCCGUCGCUGGUUCUGCAGAAUUUCACUUUCGGUUGCGCUCACAGUGCUCUCGGCGAGCCAAUUGGCGUCGCCGGGUUUGGACGUGGAGUCCUUUCGAUGCCGGCUCAGCUAGCGACCUCCUUCCCGGACAUCGGAAACCAUUUCUCGUACUGUUUGGUUUCUCACUCGUUCAACGCGAACCGAGUUCGGCGACCGAGCCCGCUCAUCCUUGGCCGCAACUCGGUUGACGAAAACAAGGUGAGACAAAUCCCAGCAGAUGAUUUCGCAUACACCCCCAUGUUGAAGAACCCGAAGCACCCGUAUUUCUACUGUGUUGGACUCGAAGCCGUCUCCGUUGGGAGGCGAAGAAUCGAUUCCCCGGAGAAUCUCCGGAGAGUUGACGGACGAGGAAACGGCGGUAUGGUGGUGGACUCCGGGACUACAUUCACUAUGCUUCCGCAGGUUUUCUAUAACGCUGUGAUCACUGAAUUUGACAAGCAAGUCGGGUCGGGCCAUAAGAGGGGGGGUGAAGUGGAGGAGAAAACCGGGCUUGGGCCUUGCUAUUAUUUGGAUACGGGUAUGGGUGAUCCGAAAGUGCCUCAAGUUUUGCUACAUUUCGGGGGGAAUUCAAGUGUGGCGAUGCCCAGCAAAAAUUAUUUCUACCAGUUUAUCUACGGCGGAGAUAAGGGUCAGGCUAACAAAAAAGUCGGGUGUAUGAUGCUGAUCAGCGGCGGCGAUGAGGAGGAUUCCGGCGGUCCCGCCGGUUUAUUGGGAAACUAUCAGCAACAAGGUUUUGAGGUGGCGUAUGAUUUGGAGAAGGGACGGGUCGGGUUUGCCCGGAGGAAGUGCGCAUCUUUGUGGGAUACAUUGAGCCGCCACUAACCUGCGCCUUAAGCUGUGAUAUUGAAGUCAAUGCCGUCUAAGUUGACUCUUUUUCGAUGACGUGGCUAAUUACAACGACCUAAGACAAAAUUACUGAUUCGAGUCAGAGAAAGUUUGAGCGUCGCCGACCUUUAGAAUUUAAAAAGAAAGAAAAAGAAAAAAAGAAUAGUGCCAAACGAAGGAAGGCAAAGUAUUGGAGUUGUCCAUGAUUGAGGACGGUCCAUGUUUUAUUGAAAAAGGAAAAGCUUUUAAGAAGCUAAAUCUGUCUUUGCUUCACAUAAAGUGCUUUGAUUAGUAUCGAAUAAGAAAUAAAAAUAUAUAAUGCUGUACAGAAAAAAUCAUAGUGCUUGAUUUAAUUGUUCAAUUGGAAAUCAUGUUAGUGGUGAUGGACUUUGAUAUUUGUACAUUAUUUGGUCCAAAGGGUGGAAUCUCUCACCUCAGGAGUCUCUCACUCCGAUCCGACAGGAUGUUGGAGAGGUUAAUUACGGUGACUCAGUCAGAAAAGCGGUGGUAGACCUUAUACACGUGCGCAUCAGAGCUCCAACCUUAUUUCAGGUUCUGUAACCUCCACACGGCUGAUGCGGGUUUCGAACCUUGGUCACUUGGUCCAAUUUUUCCACUACUCGACCAAAUGAGCUACCCGUGCGAGUAUAUUUCUACAUUAUUAUAAGUACUACGUAAUUGCAAAUAUUUCAUUCCAUUAUUUAUUCUGCUUUGUAAUGUACUAUUGUAUGUAUUAGUGUAUUAUAUUUGCUAUAAUGGCAUGCUAUAUUUGCUUUGUAAUUGUGUUGAGUCUGAAAACUUUCGACCUACCUUCUUA